AUGAUUAGGCUCGAAAACUUUUUUAAAUUAAUUUUUAUAUUUUUAUUAUUCAUAUAUUGCAACAAUGGGUAUAUAGUUAAAACUCUUCCAAGUAAUAUUCUUCAAGCAUAUGUUACACAAUAUAGAAAUUGUGUUUUCUAUCUAGAUGUAAUUUGUAUUGCAGAGAACAUCUCAGAGGAUUGCAACGAUUUAAAAGCAACCUAUGUUAAUUCUGGCAUAUCAGUCACAGAAUCAAUAAUAUUUUCAAAUAAGACAUCAUCAGUAAUCAAAAGAUUUACAUUAAUAUCCCCGCUUGGUCAAAAUUCAGUUUCAUUUGGUUCACAAGUUAGUUUAGAAAUUUCUUGUAUAGAUAUUGAUUUAAAUAAAAUUAGUUUAAAGUCUCUUUCAAAAGAUUAUUUUUUAUACUCUAUACCUGAUGGAGAUGCUUCUUAUUCAAUUAUAUCACUCUAUCAAUUGGUUGGUGUUGAACCAAAAACCUCAUUGGAAUCAAUUUAUUUUCAAGCUAUGGGAACAGGUAAAUGUUUAUUUUCUAGAUCAACUCAAGUUACUACAAUACCUAUAUUUCUUUAUUCUUGUCCAAAAGUGGUACCAAUAUCUUUCGAUUUUUCAUCAAUAAAAGUAAAUUUAACAGUAGGAACAAACACCAAAGUAUUUAGUUUAGAUCCAAUGUUUAAAGAUUCUUUAGAAUUAUAUGAUAUCAAGACAUACCCAGAAUUAAAAUAUUUAGAUAAUAUGAAUUUAUUUGGAAAUGAAGAAAGUGCAUUGGUUUCGUUUAAAAUGAAUACAGUUUUAGAAAAGGGUUAUUUUAUGAUGACUAAAAAUGGUGUCCUCGAAGAGACAAAAACAAUAUUCCCAAUUUUUGGUGAUGAAUCAAGUACUACAUAUAUAACCCCUUUAUCAAAUUAUGGCCCAGUUACCACUGAAAUCUAUUAUCCAAGCAAUUCAAAAGUUAUAAAAUCAACUACUCAAAUUAAAUCAAAUAUAAAUCGGUUUAAUAAAAUUUCUAUCCCAUCGGUACAGAGUUAUUCUUUGUAUAGUGAUGGUUUACCAAUUUUAAUCUAUGGUUUUACAGAUAAUAAAAGAUAUGAUUUCGAUACUAUAUCCCUAUCAGUUAGCAAUGUUUAUCCAAGAUUAACCCGUUUUCCAUUUGGAUAUAUAUAUGGUGAUAAAAAUGGUUACAAAUAUGAAGUCGAUACAGUUGUAAAGCCAUAUUAUUCAUCCCCACUUUUUUUAUAUAUGACAUCUGGAAAAUAUUCCAAUACCUCAAGUUUUCACUUUCCUGUGUUUAAUACUACCUAUAUAUCUUCUAAAGCAAAACUUAUUGGAUUUGAAAAAUUCCAAUUGAUAUCUGAUAUCUAUUUAGUUAGGGUUCAAAUCGACUCGCCUAAUCUAUUCAACUAUAUAAUGUUUGAUAAUCUUUAUUCAUUAGGAUAUGAAUCAUUGGUUUCUGGAAAUUUAAGUAUAGGUACUUAUGAGUUUAUAUAUAAACAUAGCGAUCAAAUGGUUUAUUUUUAUGACCAAACUUUUUCUGUUUUUGCAUUAAACAGAGAUCAAAUUGUCACAAUUAAUAAUCAAGAACCAGUAUACUUUAAUGGUCCUCCUCGAGUAAUAUUUGAUAUGACAUUAAUAAAAGAUGUAUCAUUUUUAUAUAAUGAUUUAGAUAUUACAUAUCAUAGACAUUAUAAUGUAUUUUACUUUAAUUAUAGUGACAGUGUACCAAGAGAAACUAUAUUUAGAAUGGUUCCAAAGGAUUUAAAUAUGAUUCAAGAUUCUUUAUCGAUGAUCUAUAGUCCAAAAUCUUUUGUAUCAACAUGGAAUAACACACUUAAUCUAUUCCAAAUUGAAUUUUUCAUUGAAGCAAAUACAGAAAUAGGUACCCGUCACUUCUUUUUGGUUUCAAAUGAUCUAUUUAUCCAUAGCAAAUUCUUUAAUACACAACUAAGAGUCAAAAGCUCAAGUAUGGAUUACCAAGGACCAAUAUUUAUAGAUAUCAAAAAAAUUACAAAUAAAUUAGUUACUAAAGAUAAUAUAGGUACUAUUGGAUGGACUUUUAAAAUUGAAGAUUCAAUUAAUGGUUUUGACAAUGGCUUUGUAGUAAUUAAAGGUGAAAUGGAUUAUUCAAACUAUAACAUAACAUUUAGCUCUACCGACGUAAAAGCAGGAGGCGACAAGUAUUCUGGCGAAUAUGAUAUUACCAUUGAUGUAUCAUAUCCAUGUAUAUCACAAAAUUAUAUUAUUAAUGAUGUUGUUCUAUUCGACACCCUCAAUAGAAAAUCCCUAUUCUCAAUAUUUCCAGAAUCCCUAAAAGAUUCAGUUUUAAAUCCAUUUUUAAAUUUUUUACAAGAUACUAACAUAAAUAAAGUUCAAAUACAAUGCGAAUCUCCAAAUGCUGUUUCGUCCGAUACCACACCACCUCAAUUAACACAAUUUUACAACUCAAUAGAAUUGACAAGCAAUGGGAUUAUUGACUCUUCAAGAAUAAAUUCAGUUUCUUUUACUUUUACUGCAAUUGAUAAUGAAAGCGGUAUAAAGGAUAAACAAUACCCAAUAGUCUAUGCCUCUGACUCAAAUAAUAGAUUUGUUAAAUGUGUAUCAACUUUUGUAACCUAUCAAGGAACUAAUGCCACCUAUAGUUGUUCAACUAUGUUCCCAAUAGGAUUCGGCUAUCCUGGAAUAAUUACCCUUUCAGUUUAUGGCUUUAUCAAUAACAAUGGUCUAUUUAGUGGAUUUUCUGCAAAUGGUUUAAAGAAUAAUAAUUUUAAAUAUUAUAUUUCGACAAAAUUUGUUGAACUUAUUCCAUAUUUAACAGGUAGCUCCAAGAUAACUGAAAAGGGAGGCGAGCUAUGGGUUUAUGGAUCCAAUUUAUCUUUAGGAACAUGGUAUAUCAAAUACGAUACUGAUAGAGUUUUUAUGAUUGCCGAUAUAGGGAAAGUAUAUUCAACAGCAGUCCAAUUUAAAAAUAUCAAAGCGACAACAAAACCUUUUUCAGUAUAUUCAUCAAACGUUAAAUAUAGCACCCAAGUUCUUAUGGUUACACCAGAGAUAUAUGAUUGGAAUUUAUUAAAUUGUAAUGGUAAUGGAGCUCCAGGUAAAUCCUCUGGCAAAUGUAUUUGCAAUAAUAAAUGGACAACUUUAGAUCCUUUAUCACAAUGCACGGUUAACAAUCAUUAUAUUACAUCAUCAACACAGGUAUCCUCAACAGAAGGUGGUGAAGUUAUUCUUAGUGGUUGGUUCAGCAAUGUAAAUGUAAAUCCAAAACUUUAUAUAAAUAAUAAUGAGGCAAAUAUUUUAUCCAUAACUACAGAAUCAAUCAAAACUACUAUUGGACCAGGAACUUUUGGUGCAAUCCCCGUUAGCUACUAUCAAAACGGCGUGGUUUGGAGCGGCAACCUCUUUCUAUAUAAACAAGAUGAAAAACAAUGUCCAUUAAAUUGUGAAAUCAAUGGGGUUUGUGAUAAAAAAACAGGUAUUUGUUCAUGUAAUAAAGGAUAUACUGGCCUUGAUUGUGCAUCACCAGAACAAAACAAUAACAAUAACACAACAACAGAAACCGAAGUGGGUAACAAUGGUACAACCAUUAUAAAAAACCAAGAUAUAGGGUAUUUAAUUUCAAUAGAUUCAAUUGUAGAACUAGAUUUCAAAAAUGAAGCAGUAUUAUCAUUUAAUUUAACAAAUAACUGGGUAUUUGUCAACAAAACAAACUCAGUUUCUUUCUUUAAUCAAACUAUCCACAACUCCAGAGGUACUACAACACUAACUCUGAUUAUAGAGGAGGUUAAUGAAAAAGAUAAAGAUUUUUCAUUUGCUGGUAAUGAUUUCACAGUAACAAAAGGUGGCCUUAAACUAUCACUUUCAAUAUCAAACUGGCAAUAUCUUAGCAAUUUAAACACAUUACAAAUUCAAAUGUCCUCGGAUAUUCAAAUUAACCAAAAUAGUGAAUGUAAUGAAGAUAAUAAAGAUGCCAUGGUGGAGUCAUCUUCUAAUAACCAUUACUUGACAAAUAAUAUCAAUUAUUUAAAAAUUACAAAGAAUAAUAGAGUUUUAUAUUCAAGAUUCCAAGAUAAAAUGCUAUCAGAUAAUAGACCAACAACCAUCACCUCUCAGCUACUAUCAAGUAACAAUAGUUUUGUUCAAAUUGGACUAAAUUUACCACAUUGUGAUGAAUGUUUAAUAGACCCUGAUUUUUCAUUAUUAAUAAAUUCAAACUAUAAAUUUGAAUGUAAAGACCCAUCUAAAAAAUGGAUUAUUGCAGUUGCAGUGGUAGCAGGUGUUUACAUUCUUAAAAAUUAA